CAGUCAACGAGAUGCACAAAAUCACGGCGGCGAGAGCUGAGCUCACUGAGAGCGCUGGCUCGACAGUCGCUAGCCUCACCGACAUGAUUUUAUGCAACACAUUGACACAAACACGGUGGCUGUGUGCUUGGCUUGCUUGAAACGUCUUGGCCCUUGGCAGAAGCUCCCUCAGCCUUCAGCCCCUCAGCCAUCCCUCUUGAUGUUUGUUCAACAGUCAGGACUAUCAAUUGAAGCCAUUCAGCCUCAUCAGUCAUGGCUAUCUUCACAUCCAACAGCUUUGCUGUUGCAGCUCUGCUGACCGUUGUGCUACUGGCACGACCAGCUCAUGCUUUUGGCGCCGGCAACAUCGCAUCAGUCUCCAAUGUCGAGGGCGUCAACUUCCGCCAUGGAGACAUCGAAGACACACUCCUCACUCUCGUCAGCUCUUACGCCUACGCCAAGGGUGCCAAGUUCAGCAAGAUUGACGUCAAGCGAGUCUACUUUGGCAACUGGCUCCGUGACUACUCGCAGGCCGUCGAUGUUGGUACUACGAAGCACGUAUCCGCAGAGGCAAUCCGCAUUCUGCUAUGGGUCUUGGGCUUCCUGACCUUUGGCUACGGUACUGGCGAGUUCGAGGUGACGACUGAGCGUUUGGGAUGCUACCGCCCCGAGGAGCACAUCGACAACCCCAAGGACUAUGCCGACAACGAAGACGCCCGCCAGUACGACCGCAGACUACGCGCCCCCGUCGAUGAAGAGAGGGAACUGAGCAUUGAUGAGAGAACCGGACUGAAGAACUACAUUGCCUCGGAAGACUUGGGCAUCACUACAUCUGCCCAGCUGGUGCGCAACCUGUUCGGCCGCUGCAUCGAUCUUGGUAGAUCCUUCAACAGAAGCAGGGACAAGAAGGAAUUCUACGAGGCUCUGCGCCUUCUAGGGACCGCCUGCCAUUGUCUUGAAGACUACUCGGCGCACUCCAAUUACACCGAGCUUGCCCUGAUCGAGCUGGGCGAGCGCGACGUCUUCCCUCAUGUCGGCCGUAACACCCAGGUCCGCGUUCAAGGUGCCCGCCACCAGGUCUACCCUAUCGUCACAGGUACUUUUGGUGGUGUCGACUUCCUUCAUUCCGUCAUGGGAGAGCUGGACGACAAGGCCACCCAGUCCGAGAUUCAAGAGUUGGAGGGUGUUAUCGACAACUCGCAGAACCAGAACACUAGUCUGCUCAAGAAGCUUCUCAAGUCGCUUCCAUCCGGUCUUCUUGGAGGCAAGGAUCAGGCCGGCAAGGUUGAUGAGCUCCAGAGCAACGCUGCUGCUGCUCAGAUGGGCAACAUGAAGCUGUCUCCACGUCAGCCCGAAGAGUGGGCUCAGCAGCUUCAGGAGGUCCAGAACCAAAUUUACCCUAUUCUUCAGUUCCACGACGAGCUCAUGAUGGGUAUCAACGAGACCAUCGAGAAGAUCCCCAUCCUACCCGACUUGCUCGAGCAGAUCACUGAGCAGCUGAACAUUUUCGUCUUCUCUCUGCUUGCUCCUUUCGUCCUACCCAUCAUCAGCCAAGUCAAGGAAGAAUUAGCGACUGGUUCAAGUGAGGUCAUCGAAUCCAGCAGGGCGAAACAAUUGAUUGUUUUCCAUGAUGACGACUCAUCCGACCCCACUCACUCUAUGCUCUCCAAGGACCACUUCUCCAACAUCCUCAACGAGCCCGCCGGCAAGAUCGGAUGUGCUGUCCUCAAGUGGGUCGUUCCCCAGAUCGUCCAGUGCUGGGACAACGAGAACGUCGACAUUGCCAGAACUCUCGACCGUAUCAUCAACGGCAUUUUCCAUCACCCCGCACUGAGAGCAGUCGGAAGCGACGGCGCAGCUGAUGGUAGACAUAUAAUGUUCGGCGUUGUUGAGCAAUGGUGGCAGGACAAGUCUGAGCGUGAGCGUGAUGAUCUACGCAGUAAGCUCAGCAGACGUGGUGUUGAGACUGGUCAAAACCACAAGGAGGGUGUCCAAGACUCCGGCCAUGGUUGCUGCAAGCCCCUGUUCCAGCAGAAGCAGCACAACAAUGCUCCUGCCGCUGCAGCCCACGCUGCCGUCAUGGAAGGUAUCAGUGACUUUGUCAGUGGUGGCCAGUCUUCGCAGCAUAACAGCUACGGCAACCAAGGUCGUCCCAGCAGUCGUCCUACCAGUGGCUUCGAGCAGCAAGCCGGAAACUUUGUUGGAGAAGCUGUCGGCGGUGGCGCCUUUGGUUCUGUUCUUGGCGGCCUCGUUGGUAGCGUUGGAGGUAGUCUCUUGAGUGGCGCCUUCGAGUCUCAGGGCGAGACUCAGACUUACCAGCAGUCAAGCCACAACCAGGAUGGAUCUUACACCCAGAGUUACAUGCAGACUGGCGAACGUCCCUCUUCUAGACCUUAUGGUCAGGAGCAUACCGCCCAAGCCGAGUAUAAGACUACUCAGUACCCCAGUGGCGGCCACAGAACCGAAUACAACAGCUACGAGCAGCAGGGUCAGUCAGGAUAUGGCUACCAGCAGAGUACCGAGGUCCGUCCCACCCAGGGCGGUGGCUACGAGCAGCGCAGUGAGCGUCGUCACGAGAAGCCUGGUGGCCGUUGGGAAAGCGAGGUACAGGAGCAAGGCGUCGGCGCUGCUGGAGAGUACUAUCAGACUGAAGAGAAGCACCACGGCAGAAGAAACGAUGACGAUGAUGACAACGACCGUCGCUCGCACAGAAAGCAUGGCUCCAACCACCGCAAUGAUGACGAAAACGAGCAGCAGUCUUACUCCCGACCUGAUAACAGCGGUGGGUUCCCCGGUGCAUCGUACCACGCUCAGCACCAAGAACGUCAAGACGAACGUCCCAGCUAUGGUAACGAUAACUUCGGAGGCCGUAACGAUUACGAGAGACCUCAGCGCCAGGGCCGCGACGAAGGCUACGGCAGACAAGAGUUCGGUGGUGGCAGACAAGAGUUUGAUGGUGGCAGACAAGAGUUUGGCGGCGGAAGACAAGAGUACGGACGUGAGGAUAACAACAACUACGGUCGUCAGGGCCAUGGCCGUCGCGACGAGGACGAGAUGCCAGGUGGCUUCCCUGAUGACGAUGGUCAGGAGCGUAGACAUCAUGGCGGUCGUCGUGGAAGCGGCGGUAACGAUGGCGGUUACGAGGGCCGUAGAUGGUAAACUCAGCCAGCUCUGCCGACACAUCUUGGUAGCCCCUGUGCUAUCACAGCUACUCAUCAUUGGACCAAAAGAAUAUCAUGAAGAGA